AUGAGCGUGCUUCUAGAGACAUCACUAGGAGAUUUGACCAUAGAUCUACUGCUUGACAACGCACCGAAGGCUUGCGAAAACUUCCUUAAGUUAUGCAAGGUCAAGUAUUACAAUUUUUCCCCUGUGCAUAGCGUUCAGAAGAACUUUUCCUUUCAAACUGGCGAUCCCCUUGGCCCAGACUCACCAGAAAGUGACGGCGGCAGCUCCAUAUGGGGUGUAUUGCAAGGAGGUUCCAAAAGAACUUUCCCAGUCAAAAUAGACCCCAAGAUCAAACAUGUCGAGCGCGGCACUGUCAGUAUGGCAACAGUAGCCUCGGACCGAGAUCCAGAUGAACGACUUGUAGGCAGCCAGUUCCUUAUCACACUGAACGAUCAUAUUGACUACCUCGACGGUAAAGCUUUAAUCUUUGGCAAAGUAGUUGAAGGCUUCGACACGUUGGAAACGAUCAACGAAGCAUUUACAGACACCAAAGGGCGACCGCUGAAAGAUAUCCGCAUCAAGCAUACAAUUGUACUAGAUGACCCGUACGAUGACCCUCCUGGACUCGUCGAGCCGGAACACAGCCCACCUCCAACCAAGGCACAACUAGCCACGGUCAUGAUUGCGGACGACGAGGAUUUAGAUAAUCAAAUGAAUGAGGAAGCAUUAGAGAAGCUAAGGCGCGAAAGGGAGGCAAGGGCUCAAGCCUUGACACUGGAAAUGGUAGGUGACCUUCCGUUUGCCGAAGUCAAGCCACCCGAGAACGUGCUUUUCGUAUGCAAGCUCAAUCCUGUAACACAUGACGAAGAUCUAGAGCUUAUAUUCUCAAGGUUCGGCAAAAUCCUAUCUUGCGAAAUCAUCAGAGACAAACGCACUGGAGACAGCCUGCAGUAUGCCUUCGUUGAGUUUGAGAACCAGAAGGAUUGCGAACAAGCUUAUUUCAAGAUGCAAGGCGUGUUGAUAGACGACCAUCGAAUACACGUCGACUUCUCCCAGAGUGUGUCAAAAUUAUCUGAUACAUGGCGAAACGCGACCAACGCCAAAAGAAAGACGCAGGGGGGCGGGUUCGGUGGGAUUGACAAUUUACAGCGCAAGCGUCAUUACCGAGGGGAGGAAGAAAGAAGUGCCAACAAAGACUACCGGAUGGUGUUCGACAAGGGGGAUAUCAGACGGUCGGAACAGAUAUCUAGAGCACGAUCUCGGAGUCGUUCUCCAAAGCACGAGGAAUAUCGCAACAACUACCGUGAUCGACCUCAGCACGAUGGCCGUCGAAGACAAAACACCCACCAUCCCAGUUCGAGAGAAGACAGAAAUCGUGACAGACGUCGGUGA